GCCACCAUUCUCCCCGAUCUCCGCGCUGUGCGCGCCUCUGGCCCAUGUGGACGCGCACGUAGCUGUCGUGGCCGAGCUUCUGCCGGGCGGUUCUUCUGCUGCCUGGAGCCGGAGUUCGAGUGAGGUAAUAACGGCCGCCGCCCGAGGGAGGGACGGAGACCCGAACAUCGUGCAGGAAACCAGCCCGCCGCGUCCCCAAAUUCUUCACAGUGACAGCAGCAAGCAGCGGCCCAACACGGCCAGGCUAGAGUGAUGGCAGCCAUUCGUAAGAAACUUGUGAUUGUCGGUGAUGGAGCGUGUGGAAAAACGUGUCUCCUGAUUGUGUUUAGUAAAGACCAGUUUCCAGAGGUCUAUGUACCCACAGUGUUUGAAAACUAUGUGGCCGAUAUUGAAGUGGAUGGGAAGCAGGUGGAAUUGGCCCUUUGGGACACAGCUGGACAGGAAGAUUACGACAGGUUGCGGCCCCUGUCUUAUCCAGACACAGAUGUUAUAUUAAUGUGCUUUUCAAUUGACAGUCCAGAUAGUUUAGAAAAUAUCCCAGAGAAAUGGACCCCUGAAGUAAAACACUUCUGCCCUAAUGUGCCCAUUAUCCUGGUUGGAAACAAGAAGGAUCUGCGCAAUGAUGAGCACACUCGCCGGGAGCUGACAAAAAUGAAGCAGGAACCAGUUAAACCUGAAGAAGGACGUGAUAUGGCCAACAGGAUCUCUGCUUAUGGCUACAUGGAGUGCUCCGCAAAGACAAAGGACGGCGUCAGGGAAGUGUUUGAGCUGGCCACGCGGGCUGCCUUGCAAGCAAGACGUGGCAAGAAGAAAACUACGUGCCUUCUGAUCUAAUGGAUGACCAUCCUGCACACCACAUGACACCUCCCCCUCCCCCUGUGAGACAGGACGUCAGCGCACAGCAUCUGUCACAGGAACCCCUGAAGUGAUGUUUAUUAAUCUUUAGAGUGUUCUUACCGGCCUCUGUCUUUUCCAUUUAUUCUGUAAUGAGUUGAGAUUUUAUAAGAAAAAAAGUCGUCUUGCUAUCAGUAUUUAAAGUCAACAUUUUCUUUAUAUAUAAAUCUAUUCUAUGUAACUUCACUGUUAGCAGCAGACUAACUCCUACAUUCCGAGUCAUGAGGGCGCAUGUGCCCGGGGCCUCAGUUGCAUUGUGAGAACCCCACCCACCACUGGCGCUGUUGGUUCAGGAGCAGCCUACUGAUUGGUCAGACGCUGCUACAAUGUGUUUCCCUUAGUUGCCUCCCCCACUAAGUUUUUGUUCAUGGAUACCCUUCACAGAUGCUCAUGUUGAUGGGCAGUGCAGCACUACGCAAGUUGCAUUACUUUUUGGAUUGCUACUUAAUGCAGCUUUUGGAUAUUGAGUACUGUGGUUUACCUGUAAUAAAGGAGUUUCCCUGGCCUUGAAAGGGUUAAUUUGCAAGGCUCAUUUUGUGAGUUAUAAUUUUUUUUUUUUUUUUUUUUUAUGUGGCACUGGUAAAUAAAAUAAUUUUGUCUUGUGACAUUGCAUUUGUCAUGGAGAAGUUACCUGGAAUGCAGAUGAGGGUUAUUUGUAGCCACAAUCCAUAAGAACAGACAGAGGUCGAUGCGGGGGGUGGUUCUUAGUGUAUAUUCAGGUGCCACGGGGGAGGGAGUUUCUUUAUAGCACACAGUGAGGAUUGGGGGAUCAACAUUUCUCCAGUGCUGCAUAUAGCAAACAGUUACAGAGCAAUGUAAGGAUCUGGCAGAGGUGGUUCGUGACAAGCACUGUUAAAGAAAACUGUACAGGAGGCUUCGCAUGAAGCUUUGACUUGUCCAACUCGAGCAGAUGGUCUAAUAAUGCAGGGUCACUAUAGACUUGUUUAUAUCAGACAUGAAUAGUCAGUGGGAUAGUUUGGCAUCAGCUGCAGGGCAGGUAAAGAACUUGGUUUGUUACAAGGAUUCUAGUAUAGGUGCUGAAAGUGAUUCCCACGGUUAGUGACAAGAGGCGAUGCUGUGUUGUUCAUUUAGCAGAGGCCUGAACCUUUUGCCUGCAGCCCCCACAUGUUGGGAGUAGUCUCCUUUUUGGUAACAUGUUGCUCUUCCCCCGCUCUCUUGUCUCCGGCAAAUGUAGCGCUCAUGUUUUGUAUAAUUGGAAUUUCUAACUGUUACUUGUAAUCUCUGGGUAAGAUUUUUUUUUUUUUUUAAUAAAGUGUUUUUGACAAUAAAAAAGAGUUGAAGAAGA